AUGAUUCUUCAGAUACGCCCCGUACCGACCAUCAACAACUUUCAGUCCUCCUACGAUACAACUGUUAAUGAGGGCGACAGAGUGACGCUACGUUGUGAGGCCCAUGGAAUCCCGCCGCCGGUCAUUACUUGGCGUAGGACUGGGGGCAGCAGUAGUCUCAUUCGCAAUUAUGGCAAUAUGAAACCGGGCGAACUCAUUCAAUUCGACGGAGCCCUUCCCGACGAUGCGGGCACAUAUAUGUGCAGGGCUGAAAAUAACCUCGGAAGCGCGUACUGGCCCGUUAGACUUUAUGUCAGACAUGCUCCGCGCCUCAGAAUCUUCACUGUCCUGCCGGCGCCUCGAUUCAGCUGCAACGUUCAGCUUCUCUGUGAGAUUACAGCCAAUCCUGCGCCUCUGUGGAGCCAGGUCAAAUGGGCCGACCAAUCGAGUCAACGGAUAGUGGAUGCACCCGGUCGUCGGAUUGUAUACUUGGACGCCGGGUUGAACACGUUUCUGGCCUUGUCCCUAGAGCCAAUCAAAGCAGCUGACCUAGGCAAGACGUAUACCUGCUACGCAUCAAACACGUUCGGAAAUGCAAUGAAGGAAUUUAACUUAACCGAAUCCGCCAUCAUGCCCGGCUGGUCCAUUAAUCGACCUCAGUGUGCGGGUUCAAGUCUGCAGCCCAUCUGCCUAUCCCUUGUUCUCACUUUGGCUGCCCUUUCCUCAGCCUACUGUUUGGCGUGGCCGAGUUAA